AUGCUGCUCAAAGCGGCGUUUCUUUUCGAGUUCGGACCACACGCCAUCCUUUUCCGACACGAAACAGUAACGUUGGGCUAUCGACAAAAGCGAACCCCAGUCAAUGCGUUGCAGUGCCAUGUAUGUGCCAACACUGAUGCCUGUAAGGACCUAGACACUGCAGACAGUGGCGUAACAGCGAUCCCGGGAUGCCUGAUGUGUGUGAAGACUGUUCUGAACGAAGCUGUAACACGUGGUUGUAUAACGUCAUCGACGCAGCCGGUUGGGUGUCAGACAAUCCUGGAGAUCGAAACAUGCUACUGCGAUAACGACGAUUUGUGCAACGGGGCAAACCGCUUGUAUAAGACAACAGGGAACAUCUUGGUGAUUGUUACAAUGAUUAUUCGACUGAUGUGUUAUCUAACAACAUGA